AUGGGUUUUGUUCCUCUGGUUUCAGGUCAGAUCAUGGGUUUGGUUCCUCUGUGUUUCAGUCUGAUACAUGGGUCGGAUCAUGGGUUUUGUUCCUCUGUGUUUCAGGUCGGAUCAUGGGUUUGGUUCCUCUGUGUGUCAGUUCCGAUCAUGGGUUUUGGUUCCUCUGUGUUUCAGUCUGAUCAUGGGGUUUUGGUUCCUCUGUGUUUCUGUCUGAUCAUGGGUUUGGUUUCCCUCUGUGUUACAUGGUUCAUGGGUUUGGUUCCUCUGUGUUUCUGUCUGUUCAAUGGUUUGGUUCCUCUGGUUGUUUCAGUCUGUUCAUGGGUUGGGUUCUCUGUGUUUCAGUCCUGA